AAAGUGCUGGGAUUACAGGCAUGAGCCACCGCACCCAGCCUUAAAUUUUUAUUUUUGAGACAAAGUCUUGCUCUGUCACCUAGGCUGGAGACAGUGGCACAAUCACGGCUCGACCCAGCCUCAAUCCCCUGGAUUCAAGUGAUCCUCCCACCUCAGCCUCCCAAGUAGCUGGGAGCACAGGGACGUACCACCACACCUGGCUUUUUAUUUAUUUAUUUAUUUAGUCAGUUAGUUAUUUUUGUAGAGACAGGCUCUUGCUCUGUUGCCCAGGCUGGUCUUGAACUCCUGGGCUCAAGCAAUCCACUGGCCUUGGCCUCCUGAAAUGCUGGAAUUACAGGCUUGAGCCACCACAUCUGGCCUAGGGUCUGAUUCUCUUUUUGAGAAGCUGCCUCUGGCUGGCAGGUGGAGAGGGAGCUGUGAGGGGGCAGGGAGUUGGCAGGGAACACUAGAGGCCUGGGCUAGGGUGGGGAACGUGGGGUAGGCAGGAAGCGAGGGCCUGGGCCUCAAGGGAACACACAGUGGAUGGUUCACUGCCUGCGUCACCUGUUGCUGUGGGGCUGACCCAGAACUCCAGCUGAUCUGGCUAUUCAGGAAGGGCCCCCAAGCCAGAAAGCUGGAUCAAGCCUUUCCUGAACCCCACCUGGUGAAGGCAGCUGAACCCAGCCUCCCUGAGGAGGGAGAAGGGAAAGGCACAGAGGGCGCAGCUGGUGUUCCCGGGCCCCUGGGAGGUACUGGGAAGAGUAGGUGUCACCUGCCAGGAAGGGAGGAGCCGAUGGGGUCACCUCUGGGGCAUGGGAGCUGGACAACUUCACAGGCCUCAGCAGGGCCAGGAAACCGAACCCGAGUGGGGGUCCUGGCAGCAGAGACCACGUCCCAGCAGGAGCGGCUGCAGGCCAUUGCUGAGAAGCGGAAGCGGCAGGCGGAGAUCGAGAACAAGCGCCGGCAGCUAGAGGACGAGCGGAGGCAGCUGCAGCACCUGAAGUCCAAGGCACUGCGGGAGCGCUGGCUGCUGGAGGGGACGCCGUCCUCGGCCUCAGAGGGGGAUGAGGACCUGAGGAGGCAGAUGCAGGAGGACGAGCAGAAGACACGGCUGCUGGAGGACUCAGUGUCCAGGUUGGAGAAGGAAAUUGAGGUGCUGGAGCGUGGAGACUCUGCCCCAGCCGCUGCCAAGGAGAACGCGGUGGCCCCGAGCCCAGUCCGGGCCCCAGCCCUGAGUCCAGCCAAGGAGGAGCGCAAGACAGAGGUGGUGAUGAAUUCGCAGCAGACCCCGGUGGGCACGCCCAAAGACAAGCGAGUCUCCAACACGCCCGUGAGGACGGUUGACGGCUCCCCCAUGAUGAAGGCAGCCAUGUUCUCAGUUGAGAUCACUGUGGAGAAGGACAAGGUGACAGGGGAGACCAGGGUGCUGUCGAGCACCAGGCUGCUCCCUCGGCAGCCGCUCCCUCAGGGCAUCAAAGUCUACGAGGACGAGACCAAAGUGGUCCAUGCUGUGGACGGCACCGCCGAGAACGGGAUCCAGCCCCUCAGCUCCUCUGAGGUGGACGAACUCAUCCACAAAGCGGACGAGGUCACGCUGAGCGAGGCAGGGUCCACGGCCGGGGCGGCAGAGACCCGGGGGGCCGUGGAGGAGGCAGCUCGGAUCACGCCCUCCCGGCGGGAGAUCACCGGUAUGCAGGCACAACCAGGCGAGGCCACGUCCGGCCCGCCGGGGAUCCAGCCCGGCCAGGAGCCGCCGGUCACGAUGAUCUUCAUGGGUUACCAGAACGUGGAGGAUGAGGCCGAGACCAAGAAGGUGCUGGGCCUUCAAGACACCAUCACGGCCGAGCUGGUGGUCAUCGAAGACGCGGCUGAGCCCAAGGAACCUGCACCACCCAACGGCAGUGCCGCCCAGCCUCCCACGGAGGCUGCCUCCAGGGAAGAGAAUCAGGCGGGGCCCGAGGCCACCACCAGCGACCCCCAGGACCUCGACAUGAAGAAGCAGCGUUGUAAAUGCUGCUCGAUCAUGUGAGCCGGCCCCCGAGACCCCGGCCCCCACCCCACACCACAGACACCCACCAGCCCGGCCCCUCCCGGCGCCUGCCCACCCUCCACCCACAGCCUCACGGCUCCAGGACUUGGCGUGUUGUUACAUGUUCCUUCCGAGUUUUCUUUCGCUGGAAAGAGGGACAGGGGCCCCCACCCGUCACCACGCCCCAACACUCCCCCCAAACCAGAGCCGUGCACUUGUGCCUGGUAGGAGAGAGACAGGACAGGCCCGCUUUUCCCGAGACGAGGACCCCCCAUGUCACGGCAGCUUCACAGACGCGGCUCGCGCCCACCGGGGUCCUGGCGGGUGGGACCUGUGGCCUCCACGUGGCCCAGGCCAGCCUGCCACCCUCUGGGCCUCCCGCCUGUGCCUUUCUCUGAGGGGACACCCCACCAGAGAGGGCCCCGGGAACCAGGGGCGGGUACUGGGGCCUACUCAGGCCCUGGAAGUGGGGCUCCAUGGGGUUCCUUGGCCAAGGCGCUGGCCCCCCAAUCUCAGGCAGUUGGGGUGAGGCCGUGCCUCUUUGGGGGCUCAAGGUCUUGGGUGGAGGAUGGGCCCCUCUGCUGUCCCCCCAUGCCCUGUAUGGGCCCAACCAGUGGACAGUGGAGUCUGGGGGAGGGGGAACCCCAGGGACAUGCCCCCACCCGGGAGGGGCCGGUAACCCCUGGGCUGUCUUCUAGAUGGGGUGAGCCAGGGGUCAUUGACCUGCCCCCUGCACGGGGCAGGGACCAAGUGAACCACUCCUUGUCCCGAGCUCCCGCCCCCACUGGGCCCUCCUUCCUCCUGGUGCUAAUUUGGGGACCCCAGGGGCCGCCCCGGCCUCUUCUCCAACCUGCUUGGACCAGGGUCCUGGGUCUUCCCAACCAUACCCCAGAGAUCAGGCCCCACCUGCCAGCUCUACUGGGCUUGGAGCCUGUCCGGGCAGUGGAGGGAGGGACACAGCCUGGGACGGAAGCCUCUUGGGUUGGAGCAGGAGACCCUCAUUUGCCACCCAGACCAAUGUGAGCCUGCCCCCAGCCCCCCCUCACUGGAAGUGGCAAGGGGCUUGCCUCCUGGGGGCAGCUACACUCGUCCCCAGAGGCACAUUCGUGCACAUUCUCACAGACACCUUCUCACGCGUUGGCUCUGGACAACCAGGCCCCAACUUGGUCCCUGCCCUAGGGACCUCCAGCCUGGUGCCCAGUGCUCAGGCCACCUCCUGGUCCAGUCACCACCUGCAGCCUCAGCAGGGCAGGUACAGGGGCCACCUCGGAUGGGAGCCUGGGUCCCUGCCUCCGCUCUGCCCCUGGGUGGCUGGGAGGAGAGGCCCUCUCAGGGGUGACCUGGGCGUCAGCCGUGGAACCCCCUCCUCCUCCCUCGAGUCUGCCCGAGUCCCUCGAGCCGCGAGCCUUCGCUGAAGUGCCCUUGCUGCCCCCUCUGCUUUUGGUGUGUGACGAGGCCCCCGAUGUUCUUGAUUUUCCCAGAGAAGCAAAUAAACAGCGUGAACAGCCCCA